AUGAAGAAGACGGGGCGAAAGACCCCCAUGCCUGCUCGAAAGGCCCCUGUGGCCAGCAAACGAUACGGACGCAAGGCUCUCUACCAACCAGACCUUUCUGUCGAGGAGGAGGACGACAAUGACGAAGACCUCGACUCGGAAGAUGAAGCAUUUGAGACCAUCAUUGCAGCCGUCAAUGAUGAGGGCUCUCAAGAUGAAGCCAGCAAUGGUGAAGAUGACGAUGAUACCGAUAGUGACGAUGAAGAUGAAGACACUGACUCUUCCAUUGACGAGACCUCCCUGCCAGAAGCAUACAGGCGGCGCAAGUUUGGAGCCAAGUCUGCCAAAAAGAGCAUGCUUCAAAACGAAAACGAGUCUGCCAUUGCUGACAGCAGUGAGGAGUCUGACUUGUCCAGUCUUUCGGACAUUGAGACUCGGCUUAGUUCCAAAGACAGCACUCUGGUGCGACGAAAGUCUCGCCGAGGCUCCGUUGUUGACCAUACACUUGAUGAACAUGUGGAGUUCCCUCGUCAUAAAGAGGAGGAAGGAGACUCUUCAGAUGACUCGUUCGAAGAAGACUCUCUACUCAAGGCUAUCGAAGCAGACUCUUCGCCAAACCCUGAUGAGAGCGAUUUCGAUGACGAGAUUGGAGAUCUUGACGAGGAGGAGUUUGAGAACGGAGACCUGGGCUCCCCCCUGUCUGAGGGCGACAACUCGUAUUCGUCAAUCAACGACUUCUCCGAUGAAGUUGACAAGGACUUCGACGCCAUCAACGACAAUGACAUUGAGAGAGAGGAGGAAGACGCCAUUCUACAGGAGAUGGCAGAGAACGGAGAUAGGCUGCAGACUCUGAGCCCCACAGAUGACGACGAGUCUGUGGCGUCAUUCGGCAACUACUCCCGACGAAACUCUCACUCCCAGCAUCACUAUACCGGAUACUCGUCUGACGAAGACGACUAUUCGUUUGAGGACAACGACCCCUUCUUUGAGCCUCGAGACCCCAACCAAGUUCUCAUUACUAACGGCGAAAUUGGCGUUGAAAACAACAACACUCUCAACAAUACCAUUCGCAAUAAUACUACCACGGAUACUCCCAAGGGGUUUACCUCAGACGAUGACUCCUAUCUGUUUGGAUACUUCUUUUCCGACGGAUCAUCGUCCGAGAAUGAAGACAAGAUGAACAACUCUACCAAACGAAGACCUUCUCUCUCGACUCCUAAGAAACCUCCUGCGGCAGGCUCGUCUUCUUCCAUCUUCAAGAACAACCAGAAUGGCUAUAGCGACUAUACUGUUGACUCUGGAGACUCGACCGACGAAGACACCACGUUGCCUCCCCGAACACAGAAGAAGUGCAACACAGCCACGGAGAUUCUUUCAUCCUCCAACAUUGCAUCGCGACCCCCAAUGCUGGGUUCUUGGGUCAUGACCAAAGAGAGGCCAUUUGGCAUCAUUGACGGACUCACUACACGGUCUCUUUCGGGUCAGAAGAGUCCCCCCACUACCAAUGGUAAGAGCAAUUCCAACGGUGGCAUUCGAUACUCGACAGCUAUUGAGUCAGAUGACUGCUCCGACAUUUCAGAUCUGAAUGACAUUGUCCUCGACGAGUUCAUCUACACCAGUGAUCUGGAUGAAGAGGCCCCCAAGGACGUGUGUCAAGAGGCCCAGCCGUACUCGACCUCUUCCAAUGUGCCUCUGUCGGCUUUCAGAAAUCGAGGACUUAUUUCCAACCCUCUUUACCAGCAGCGGUUUACGGGAACUCCCAUCCCCUCCAGACGUCGACCCUCUCACUCUAGAGAGGCUAUCAUCACUCCUGUGCGAGGCUUGAAGAAGAUCAAGAAGAAGCAGUUCCGAAAGGACUUGCUAAUGCAUAAGGACUACGAUGGGAAUGACUAUGAUAGUGGAAUGGUGGCCGAGUACUCCGAUGGUUUCAAUGGCUUUUAUGGUGGUUUAUAA